UGCUAAUUUAGUUUCACAUGUGGAGGCUCCAAAAUCCAAGGUUUGACUCCAGCUUGCUAGUGCCAGGACUGCAAAUGAACCGUUACGGGCUGCCGUUGAGAACCGUUACCAUUCCCGGAUCUGGAAAAGAAGUGUAAGAGCCAGGAGUCACUGGAGUCAUCUCUAAUGGAUUCGGGGUUGUUCAUCUCACAAAAUCUGAAGCAGCACCGUAUUCCAGGCCUCCUGCUAAUGCUAAGGACACAAAGAAAUGGACCCUGAGGCACACUCUGCUCUAGUUUCCUUAUUUUUGAGCCCAAGAUCUUGUCAGCCCGGGAACGUGGGGAUGGUAUAGUGGCCUCCAAGCCACUCCUUGCUGCAGAGCUCCCCAUCGGAGCCAUUUGGUUGAAGAGGAGGGACUGUUCAGCCCAGUGGAGACUAACACCUGGCCAACAUGGUGCUGGUGUUCAAGGCCCAGCGCUGACCAGGCCUGCUCGCUCUGAGAGGCUCUCCUGCUGGCUUCCCUCUGGAGGACCUUCCCCAUCAACCAGCCCCACUCUGCAGUGAUUCUCGGCUCUUGGCUCCGUAGUCUCCCUGACCCCCUUUCCUGGGAAGAUGUUCCUGGUGGGCCUGACAGGGGGCAUCGCCUCAGGCAAGAGCUCAGUGCUCCAGGUGUUGCAGCAGCUGGGCUGUGCAGUGGUUGAUGUGGACGUCAUUGCCCGGCAUGUCGUCCAGCCAGGCUACCCUGCCCACCGGCGCAUCGUGGAGGCCUUCGGCACCGAGGUCUUGCUGGAGAAUGGUGACAUCAAUCGGAAGGUCCUUGGGGAUCUGAUUUUUAACAACCCUGACCGGCGACACCUGCUCAACACCAUCACCCACCCUGAGAUCCGCAAGGAAAUGAUGAAGGAGACCUUCAAAUACUUCCUCCAGGGAUACCGCUAUGUGGUUCUGGACAUCCCCCUGCUGUUUGAGACCAAGAAGCUGCUCAAGUACAUGAAGCACACCGUGGUGGUGUACUGUGACCGGGACACGCAGCUGGCACGGCUGAUGCAGCGGAACAGCCUGAACCGUGAGGACGCAGAGGCCCGCAUCAAGGCCCAGCUGCCCCUGAAGGAAAAGGCCCACAUGGCCCGCCAUGUGCUGGAUAACUCAGGCGAGUGGAGCAGCACCAAACGCCAGGUCAUCCUCCUGCACGCUGAGCUGGAGCGCUCCAUGGAGUACCUGCCACUCAGGCUCGGGGUCCUCACAGGUCUGGCUGGCAUCGCGGGCCUCCUUUACUUGCUCAUCCACUACCUUCUGCCUUCCCCGUAGCUGGGCACUCUGAGGAAGGAAGCCACAGGCCCCAUCUCCUUGGUGGCUGAAGUUGGGUAGCACAUCCCGCUUCCUUCUAGCCCCUUGGCACACACAGGGACGGACACACACACAUGUGAAUCUGGCCUGGGCCCUGCACUGGACUAACCUUUCUUUGGAGUGCGUCCCUAGCAGGACGCACUCCAAAGAAGCAGUCCACGGUGUGUAGGAGCUCCUUCCUGCUUUUCCCAGAGCCUCCCAGCCCCCGGCACACCUACAGAACAGUGUGCUUGAUGGUGCCUAAGAAAAGACAGAGGCCGGUAGAAAUUUCUGAGGGCAGGGGUGGGGGACACUGUGGCUCCCUCCAGCGUUUACAGCUGAGAGGCCAAGGGUUCCCUGGGCUUGAGCCCUCUCCAAGUGCAUGCUCCCUUGUGGAAUCCUCCUUAGUGAGCCACGAGAACUCAUCUUGGACCCAGGGCUUCUCCCUUAAACAGGGUUCUCCCCUGGCUUGAAGCUCUUGGCCAGGCUACAGCAAGCGUUCUCUUGUGGGUAAUGCUGUAGCAAGGCAGAGGCCAGGCCUCUCCAGGGAAGUCUGGUUUCCCGGAGGCUUUCUCUAGUGUUCCUGACACCCUGCUCACCGCCUCCCACAGCUCUGCCUCCAACUGGUGGACUCAGACUGAGCUCUGGUACUCCAUAAGCACCAUGCUGUUUCUCACCUCUGUGCCUUCCCCUGCACUCGGGCCUGACUGCCUUUUCUUUUCCUUUCCCACAACUGGCCCACUCCCAGCUCAGGCACCAUCUGACGCCCCGCCUGGGGUUGGUGCUCUGGGACUCCCCACCUGUUUGACCUUAAUCCGCAGUGAAGUAACCAGCCACAAGCUGGCUGGUUUCUCCCUCUAGACUGUGAGCCCUUGAGCAGGGACAGUGUCAUUCAUCUCUGUUCCGAGCACAGAGCCUGGCUCGCCGUCAGUGCUUAAUAAAGUGUGUUGGUCUGAGAUGCUCCAGACCAAUGGAGUUUUCCAGA